UCGUUCUGUGUACGGCUUACCACUAACAACCGUACACAUAUGGCCAAGUGCUUCUUCCUCCGCGGCUCAUCUUUGGGCCAUUGUCAGGCUAUGUGGCGGAAUUAAAGACCCUUUACUAUUUACUAUUUACUAUUUCUUCUACUGCCUCCAUCGCACCGGCAAAUUGCUUUUGGUACGCGUCUAAUUGGAAUACGAAUACAAAUUUCAUUUGUUGCUAGUUUGUAGAUUGUAGUUGGCAGUCGCUCGUUGUUUUUCCUUUCUCCGCUUCGGGGAUUUUCUUGUGACAGGUCACAGCUCAAGCCACCGAUGAUUUGUUUUUUUCUUUGUUGAAGCUUUCACAUUAGAAAAUGCUCUGAAUAUUUGACAUGAAAAGUUUAAAAAUUUAACAUACAUUUUAAGCUAUUUUAAACCCAAUAAAUCAAUGGUAUAGUAUGCUCACCAUAGUCACACCGACUUUGCAUCUAUUAUUCAUUUUGGUUGCGUGUUUUAAUAUAUGUGUUAUAAAUAUUUAUGGAUGCAAGGAGAGCAGCCAUGUGUAAGACCGCUAAUGGAAUAUGCCAUGUUGUAACUUGAAGCCCCCGUAGUUAUAGCACCCAUAUAUUAUUAUUGUGUUGCCAUGUCUGCACUCGCAGUAAACAAGUUAAGGAAACGCCGGCACGCGCUAUUUUCUAAUUAAUCUGAGAAAAAUGUCCCGACCCUUGAGGAAGGAUUACCGCACUGCGGACUUCGAGCAGCUGAGCAAGAUGAUCAAGGAGCAUCCGCUGAUGAGGGCUCCUGAAACGGAGCAGCAGCAGCUGCAGAAGCUACGAACCCCAGAGUAUCGUACAAAAUGUGUGAUGAGGGCUUCUCUGGAUGAUAUAGCCAUGGGGAUCAAUCUCUACAAGCUGCAGCUGGACAAACCCAUGUCACCCACUUUGGAGGAACCUGAUUACUUGAAGGAGCCUGCUCCCUCCGCCCGUUCCGCCGCCUCCGCUCGUCCCCCAGCCACGCCCUUUAUCAAGGUGCUCCUCCGAAAGACUCCCAUUAUGGUGCUCUUCGAAAGACGCAGCAUGACCGCCUUGGCGGACACGGAGGAGGGUCGUCUGGUGAUGGAGGACAACCGGAAGUACGACGAGCUGCUCUCGGGAACGGACAAGACCAGAAGAACCGUGGAUGCAGACACCCAAACCAUGACGGCGCUUAUGAAAUCGAGAUUAGUGAACACCGAACGGCUGACCACCGCCCAGAUGGGUUCCUAUGUCUCCAACUUUGAGAUGUACGACACCUACACGGAUCUGGAGAAGUCCACCACGAGUGUCCAGGUGCAGGGCGAGAAGAAGAUGGAGAUAACCACCUAUCACGUGGGCGGAGUGGAUCAGUUUGUGGCGAUCAACAGUCUGCCUGGGUUUCGACUCGCUCUCAUGCUGACCAUGCGCAUCCUGGCCAGCAAUGUCUUCGAGCCCCAGCAGAGAAGGUAUAGGAACAUGGCCCUGCCAGAUCCUCUGGCCGAGGAUGUGAAGUUCAAGUACCGAUUGGGACUGUUGUGGAGACUGAGUCCACCCUCUUCCAAUCGCAAGGUUCACCAGGCAGUGAGCGAUGUGAGCUUUUGUCCCAGUAAUGGUGACAUAAUGGCCGUGGCCUACGGGGUCUACAGCCAUGGCAAGGUCAGCAAGUUGCCCAGAUGCGGAUGGGUCUAUGUGUGGAACAUCAAGAACCCGGUGAACCCGGAAAGGCGUUACAACUACCAGGUGCCCGUGGUCACCGUGGAGUUUUCACCCACCCAACCUCAACUAUUGGCCAUAGGACUCCAUAAUGGAGGUGUUGAGGUGAGGGACAUUUCCAGUCAGGAUCUCCCUCCACUAGCCAUAUCGCAACGCUCAUCCUCGCCGCAUUUCGAGCCAGUUACGGCUAUCAAGUGGAUUUAUUUCGAGGGAGAUGUGGGAUCUAGGAAUCCCCAUAUCACACCCUUUUUGGCCACCUCCCAGGCGGGAGCGGUGACUAAAUACCGUCUAAUUAACAGUCCCAACAUGCUGGGAUUCGAGCAGCAGCGUUUGCAGCGGGCGGAGGGCGAGCUGGAGGGGAUUCCCAUCGAGCGACAUCCUCCUGCGGCUUCCCUGCUGGCCAACAGGCAUCCGCAAUGUCUGGAGAUAGUCCUUGAUCCCGUGCAGGCGGAUAUAUACUAUGUUCUUACCGACGAGGGAACCCUGUACAAGUGCUCCACGAACUACCCGCUGCAGCAUCUGGAACUGAGACAGGUGCACGAUGGACCGGCUGCCUGCAUGGAGUUCUCCCCAUGGUCUCCAAGGCUGUACCUCACCUGCGGCAGUGAUUGGUGCAUUCGCAUUUGGUUGGCUGGCAUCCUACUGCCAAUUGUCACCCUCCAACAUCACCUGUCUCCGGUUCACUGCGCCCGCUGGAGCCGCACUCACUCCACCAUCCUGGUUUCCCUGAGUCGCAGCACAGUGGACAUCUGGGAUCUGCGCAACAGCACCAUGAAGCCAGUGUCCUCCACCGUGAUCGAUGCAGAUAUCUUUUACACCACCUUCAAGUUCACCCACUGCGGUCGUUCGCUGGCCGUGGGAAAUGAGGCCGGCAACCUGCUGAUGCUGUCCUUCGAGGACAUGCCCUUCCCGCCACACUUUCAGUACAAGCAGCUCAAAAGGGCCAUCUUCAAGGCCCUGUCUAUGCAGCCCGAUCUCCGCAAGCAGGUGAAGAGCGUGGGAUACUUUGGCUAUCCCGGGGGAAGGAAGCAAACUAGAGCUUGAUCAGUAUAUUAUAGAGAUGGUAAAUAUUCGAAAUACAUAUGGAAAGAAAAUAAAGGAAGUGCUUUCUU